AUGAACCACCUGCCGCCGUUCCACCACAAUCUGCGCAUAUCAGAUCCGUUAUCAGAUCCUCGGCUGCCUGAUCUACGCGUCCGCAAUGAGACAUCACCUGCCAACCAGACUCAAGCACUCAACUUGACAGCGGAGCAAGAGCUGGACUUUGGGAGACUUGUCGAGGGCUUCGUGUUCUCGCGAUGGUUCUUUGUCACGUACCAGGUCGCGAUCGUCGGCGUGGUACUCAUAGCAGCGGCAUUGCGAUGGCAUGAACGAAGAAGCAGAUCGAGGAGAAGAGCUGGGAGACGGAAAGAGAAUCCUGAGAAGAGCGCGAACGGUGAGACGGCAGGCCUACUUCGACGGCCGUCGCAAGAUGACGGUGAAGAAGUGCAAGAUGAUACAGCGAUAAGGACAUCUCGAAGUGGCACAUCAGCGAGCAACUCUUCAGAGUCGACUCGCAGCGGCAACAACACUCCACCUACGAAGCGUGAGGAGAGCGAAGUCCGGUCAGACAGCCCAUUGCUGGCAGCUGCAGACAAUACCCACUCAUCAGGACACCUUCGUCCAUCAUCCUUCAGACCACGAGCAUAUCUCCGAGCAUGUCUCAUGUACCAACCGCCUCCCGUCCCCCUCCUCAGAAGGAUCAUCCCCGCGAACAGCACGACUCUCAUCAUCCUCCUCCUCCUCGCCCUCAACAUAUGGUACCUCCUCUUCAACAUCACCUUCUACGACGCCGGCACAGCCUCCUACGCCAUCCUUGCAGACCGCGCCGGUCUCCUCUUCGCCGCAAACAUGCCAUGGCUCUACCUCAUGGCCGCCAAGAACCAGCCUAUCAAACUCCUUACGGGUGACAGCUACGAGAACCUCAACUUGAUCCAUCGCAGACAGGGACAGUGGAUGUGCUUCCUGGGAGUCCUACAUUUCGGCGCGAUGAUGCUUGCUUGGUACCUCUCGCUUCCGCGGUACUACACGUUUUGGGGAUACUUGGCGAUUCCAUAUGUCACGUGGGGUGUUGGUGCGUGGUUUGCAUAUGAGGUGUUGUACUUGACGUCGUUGAGCAGUUUUCGGGAGUGGUGGUAUGAGCUGUUUUUGGCGAGCCAUGUUGGGUUGCAGGUUGUUGCGCUGGUGGCGUUGUGGUUUCAUCACUUUAGGGCGGCGCCGUAUGUCAUGGCUUCGCUAAUUAUCUUCGUUGCGGACCGCUUGAUUUGGAGGGUUGGCAUCAAGACGACGAAGAUACAGGCUGAGCUGCAGGUCAUGGAAGAUGGUGAGACUGUCAAGGUCUCUGGGAACUGGGCGACGGCUUCUCGAAAGAACAGCUGGUGGCGCAGAUGCUUUGGCUACAAUGUGAGGUCUGGCUGGCUACCUUCAGAGCAUGUCUUCAUCACAGUGCCUGGCAUCUCGACGAAACAUUCCCUACAGUUUCACCCGAUGACCAUCGCUUCCGCAGCACCGGAGGAUGAAGGGCAAGCAUGGUUCAACCUCAUCAUUCGCGCCAAGGGAGGCUUCUCCCGGGACUUACUUCACUACGCUCGUACGCACUCCACCGCUACUGUGAGGCUCGAUGGUCCGUACGGCAGCCUUCACGCCUUAGAAAUGCUGCAUGCCUCGGAUGUGGCCAUAAUCGUGGCAGGAGGUUCGGGCAUCGCGGUGGCAUAUCCCAUGCUGUGGAAUCUCCUCCACCAUAAACCGGACUCGAGGCAAAGAGUAGGUCUGAUCUGGAUCGUACAAGACGCACGACAUAUCUCCUGGAUCAGUACCGAGCGUCUCGACGAACUUCGAGAGCUGGGGUGCCAUAUCGUUGUUCCGCCAGCAAGCCGACCGCAUGGACGGCCUGAUGUGAGGCAGCUUCUACGGGACAGCGUUGAUGAGCUAUCCGAAACUGCGGAUGAUAAGCUCGGCGUAGUGGUCUCAGGUCCAGACAGCAUGAACCGGGGCGUGAGGAAUGCAUGUGCUGCACUUGCCUUAAAUGGCAGAGACGUCGAGGUUUCAGUCGAGAAAUUUGGAUGGUGA